GUCGAUCGCGUGGCACAGCGGUAGUCGCCGCCUGCUUUUCUGGGAAAUACUUGCAUUUUCUGGAUCAAGCUUGACCCGACGGUCCACAGAUGAACCCCUCUUCGUAGACACGAUACGCUGAGACCAUCUCUCUGAUAGAUAGAGCUCUAUCCGAUAUACCUUGGCGAUCCUCGAGUAGGUUUUUUGGUAUAACAGGGAGUGGAGGAUUCGACCUGGCGGCAGAAGGGGCGUAUCCCAACCAGUCUCUGGACUUUUUAGCAUGAGUGCGAGUAAAUCUCGUCUCAAUCCACAGUGGUAUCAUCAUGCUUGUGGGACAAUAUUAGCUGCGGUGGUGCUAGGGAAUCUGCUGAGAUGGGCAUUUCUGGAUGGUGCCGACCCAUAUCACUGCUCUUCGCUCCUCAAUCAAGGCACCUGGCUGGAUCCGGAGCACACGAUCUGGCAGCCAGAGGGCUGCUACCAAGCUCCCCUCAAAUCCAACGCCUUGUUCACAUGUCUCGCGUCUCCUACUGAAAACACUGCUCUCCUAUCGCAAGGCGAUUCCACAGACGCCGUCGUCUUUCCCUCUCGCAAACGUCAGGUUUUGUUCAUUGGAGACUCGCUGGUCCGAGAACUUUACUUUGCAUUAGUAAGAAAAGUCGAUGGGAAAAAGGGCAAAGUGCCGGAAGGAUGGGAGGCGGAAGCGGAAAAGCAUACAGAUCGCUCCAUGACCUUGGACGAUGGAGUCAGUUCAGUCUCUAUAGACUUUUGGUGGGAUCCCUAUCUUAACGCUUCUCGGACCAUUGCCCAGCUGUCAGAAGUGCCAGAGACCCCAGCAUCGCUCCUUGUCCUCGGAUCAGGGCUUUGGUACUUGCGAUAUCCCGAAUCUGGCGGUCUUGGAGCAUGGGGCUUGAUGGUCCACGACACAUUCGAAAGACUCAAGACUCAUCAAGGAUCCCCGACUAUCCCUUUGGUGAACCCUUGGGACUCGAUGAACAUUCAGUCUGGAUUCUCCUUCCCUGGAUUAUUGCCUGAAUUCGGUUCGCAACCUUCAAAAUCCCCUCUACGUACUCGGCAGUCCACCAGUCAAUUUGCGAUCGCAGAUGCGGUCGUCUUCCUCCCCGUCACAGAGCCCAUUGAAUCAAAACUGUCUGAAGAGCGUGCUCAGACCAUACUCGAUACCGAUGUCGAGGCGAUGAACGCAGACCUCUACGCUCGCCUCACACAUCCGAAUCCCCCUCCAUUGGUCAUUCCCUCUGUCUUCAACAAGAUGCUCGUAGAGGCCGAGACGAAAGACGGGCUGCAUUUCUCCAAUAAGAUCACCAAUUAUCAAGCAGAGAUCCUUCUCGGUUGGCGGUGUAAUGAUGUCAUGCGCGAUACAACCUCACCUGGUCUAUGCUGCAGUCGGUACCCAUGGAUCAGACCGAUUCAAGGCAUGCUGCUCCUCCUCUUGGCAGUAUGGCCACCGCUCGGUCUAUAUCUUGCUCCGCGCUUAUCCUCCUCCUCUCCACUCCGACGAUAUCUACCUAGCGCUUCGAUUGCCGGAGCCAUUUGGACGUUUGGAAUCGCAUGUAUAUAUCUCUUCAUGGCGGACAGGACCAACAUCUUUGUCAAAGGUGAAAAGGCGUUCAGCCCUUACGUCUUCGGAGGGUUGCUCCUCAUAGGGCUUUGUGUCGGUCUAUCGACCCUCAAGAGCAAAGGCAAGGAUUUGGGAUUCUUGAAUAGAGAUGUGACGGAUGAGUGGAAGGGAUGGAUGCAGAUUGCCAUCUUGAUUUAUCACUUCUUUGGCGCCUCCAAGAUCUCUGGUAUUUACAACCCCAUCCGAGUCUUGGUCGCUGCCUACCUGUUCAUGACUGGCUAUGGGCAUUUUUUCUUCUACUACAAGAAAGCGGAUUUCGGCUUUGAUCGAGUGGCCGCUGUCCUUGUCCGACUGAACCUUUUGUCUGUGGUGUUACCUUACACGAUGAACACGGACUACUUGUUUUACUAUUUUGCGCCAUUGGUUUCGUGGUGGUACCUCACGAUCUAUGCGACCAUGGCGUUGGGGCACCAACACAACAAUAAUAUGGCCUUUCUACUGGCUAAGCUUGGUCUGUCAGCGGGUCUGAUGACGGUAUUCAUGCACUAUAACUGGAUUCUAGAAGAUGUCUUUGCCAUUCUCAACGUAAUCUUCCGUAUCAACUGGUCCGCUUCGGAGUGGUCAUUCAGAGUCACUCUGGAUCUCUUCAUUGUUUGGUCUGGUAUGCUCAGUGCCCUGAUCUACAUCAAAAUCAAGGAACACGACAUCCAAUCGAGACCCUGGUUCGUAUCGGCGAGACCAAAAUUGAUCGCAUUGUCCACACUAGCUAUGGUUUGGUUUUUCUGGUUCGAACUCCAUCUACCAAACAAGUUCGUCUACAACGUGUAUCAUCCAGUCGUCUCCAUUAUUCCCGUCGUUGCGUACACCAUCUUACGAAAUGCCUCUCCCAUCUUGCGAUCAUACACUUCGACAAUGUUUUGCUUCAUAGGUCAAUGCUCCCUGGAAACGUUUAUCCUCCAAUUUCACGGAUGGCUCGCCGUCGACACACAUGGGAUACUGCUUGUUCUCCCGGCGACCAAUUGGCGAUCACUGAACCUUGUCAUCUCAACCAUUGGCUUUGUCUGGCUUUCGCACAAGGUAUCCGAAGCGACUGGAGAGAUUACCGAAUAUCUCGUAGGAAAGAAGAAAGCGACAACCUUACCACCUCCAGCCACAGCUGGAACGCAGGAGUCCAGAAUCCCCGCCUCGGACAAUAGUGUCCAGAAGGGGGCAAAGGAGGAGACAGAGAAUCUGGCUCCUGACGGACAGAAGACAGAGGAUCGCAGUGGACUUGAUACGCCAGACAUCUCAUCCGAGGAGAGUGGUAGGGGAUCUACUCAACCCCAGGUUUCCGGCCAGCGUUGGCGAGAUAUAACGGUUCUGGGCGUGGUGAUGAACAUUGGGUCGCUUGCACAGCGGAACAACAGUGUCAAGUUGGUUUUGGUACUGUUGGGACUAUGGGUUCUCAAUUGGCUUUAUUGAGCAACGGAGAAGUGGACCCUCUGGAACUGGGUUUUGGACAUCAUUUGGGCACAUAGACUAGACU